ACGAGACGAGCGCGACGCUAUAAACAGCAGUUGACGAUUUGCUUUCCAACAAGCAACACACGAAAGAAGAGUAAUACAAAUUAACAUUUUCAAUUGAAUUACGUUUGUGACAACUUUAAGCAGCUACUAAGCACGAACACUAAAUAUUUAACAAAAAUGAAAUCGUUCAUUGCAUUUGCUUUGGUUGCGAGCCUUUGUGCUCUCGCUCAGGCAAACGAGGAGGGAGUCUGCCGCAAUAGCGUUGUCUCUGCCUGUGGCUCUUCAAGUUUCUCUGCACUCACUGGCUUUUUCACGGGCGAAAGCACAUCCAUUUGUAAUGCUCGCUUUGCCGGCAUUGAAAGCAUUGAACCCGAAGUGCAGGCCUACAUCAACUCACAGCUGACCAAGUCCUAUGAAUAUCUAUUGCUGGCCACCCACUUCAACUCGUACCAGAAGAAUCGCCCCGGCUUCCAGAAGCUGUACCAGGGUCUCUCUGAUCGUUCGUUUGAUGACAGCAUCGAUCUGAUCAAGAAGAUUACUAGUCGCGGUGGCAUUGUGGACUUCAACACUCGCCAUGAAUCGCCCGCUUCGGUCAGUACCCAGCGCCCCACUCUGGAGGUCGACGAGUUGCACUCGCUCGCCUUGGCCCUGGACAACGAGAAGCAGUUGGCCACUGGCGCCACUCACGUGCACACUCGCGCCACCCACGCGGCCCUGCGCGAUCCCGAAUUGGCCCAUUACCUGGAGGAGAGCUUCUUGCCCAAACAGGCCGACAGUGUGCGCAAGUUGUCGGGCUAUGCCAACGACUUGGCCAAGCUAAUGAAGGUGCCCGAUCCAUCCCUGUCGAUCUAUCUGUUCGACGAGUUCCUGCAGAAGCAAUAAGUCCUUGGAGCUUGGAACUGUAACUCCAAUUAAUAGCUGUUAUCGAAACCCAUACAAAAUUCACCAUUCUGUUGUAAUUGUUAUCCGAUAUUUAAGUAUUACAUACACAGCCUGAAACAAAUUUAACCACAAAAUUUCCGCACUGCCUGCGACUUUCAUUCGAUAUGUAAUUUCCUUGUCGUUUCUAAAUAUUGAUUUGUUUUGCAUUCUAAAUAAAUCGCAGCGCAGCAACACAGCAAGCAACAAAUUCCCAGCUGUUAAUUAUUAUAUUUGAAUUUCAUUUUUAUUUGCCAUUUGCUGCUGUCCCUCUCUCCCUCACACUCACACAUUAUUGUGAUAGGCGCAUAAUAAAAGUUAAGUAAGCAGUUCGGUUGAACAAAUGUAUCUUUAAACUGAAUACAAUAACCGAGUUAAAUUAAUAACAAAUAAAAAGUAUAUUUAGUUAAACAAA